AUGAGCAACGAGGAAAUUAAAGAACACUACUUCCGCGACUUCCUGCCCCGAGAAUACACGGAGAUGCAACAAACAAACGUUGGCUUGCGCUUAUUCUACCAGAGGGAGCUUCAUUAUAUAUUUAACUCUCCGGUGUCCGAGUCUUGGCGAACCCUUCUGGACGUUGGGUGUGGGCCCACUGUUGCCACUAUCUUUCCGGCGACGAGAAAGAUCCGCAGUAUUGUCCUUAGUGAGCUGACACCAAGAAGUCGAGAAGAAGUAGAGAAGUGGAUCGAGAAGACACCAGAUGCCUUGGACUGGUCUUUCAUGAGCGAGCCAUUGGCCAUCUUGGAGGGAUACAAGGACGCAAAAAUGGGAGCCAUGGACAUCGAAGAAAGAACACGCGGGGCGGUCAAGAAAGUCAUUUCCUGCGAUGUUCUGAACCCGAGUGUCCUUCCCAAAGGACACGAGGAAUCCUUCGACGUCGUUCUAUCCUGCCUUUGUCUGCAGUCUGCAACUCAAGACGAAAUCACCUAUCAAGAAGCUAAUCGGAACGUCUCAAGCCUGAUCCGCAAAGGAGGGCACCUUAUACUGUGCGGCACUGCCGGGACGGCGUUCUACACUUAUGGCAACGUUGUGUUCCCCAACGUUCGCCUUUCUAAAGUCAUGGUGGAGGAUGCAUUCAGUAAAUCGGGGCUUGAGAUUAUACGCUGGAGCUCCCGUGAUAGCCCUAUCUCCACUGUGAGUCCGAAUAGAAGUGACUUCGCGUUCGUCGUCCUAGCCGAAAAGCUUUGA